UAACUUCCCUUGGGGAGAUUGGUAGAGAAAUCUGAGAUUUAGGAUCCUCAAGUUGAACUCUUGGAAAGAGAACGAGCUGAUGCGGGGUGACAGCCAAUGAGACCAUCGGCAGCGGUGGUGCCCACGCGAGGGUCCCUGCGCCAUCGUCAGAGUCCGAUGGCGGCGCUGAAGCACCCGGCUCAGCAGAUUCCCAGAUCUACAGAAAUGCCUAUGAUCUGUGCACAGGGCUGUGUGACCUUUGAGGAUGUGGCUGUUUACUUCUCCCUAGAAGAGUGGGAGCUCCUGGAUGAAGCUCAGAGGCUACUGUAUCUUGAUGUGAUGCUGGAGAACUUUACACUUAUAACCUCACUGGUUUGUUGGCAUGAAGCAGAGACUGAAGAAACAACCUGUGCACAGAGUAUUUCACUAGCGGAAGGACCCCAGGUCAAGGCUCCAAAGGAGGGUGUACCCACACAGUUGCCUCAUCCACCUGACAUCUGUAUCACAGUCCUGAAAGACAUCUUGCAUCUGAGUGAGCUGCCUGGACAAAAAUUGUAUUUGACUGAGGUGUGUACCAACCUCCUCAAGCAGAAGCACCACAGAGCCAAGAACUGGCUAAGGGGCGACACGGACUUACUUGUGAAGAGCUGUGUAUUCCAUGUGUCAAGGAAUCCUCUCAUCUGUAGGAAGACUGGAGAGAAGUUCCCAGUUAUGUGGAAUCUUCUUCAACCCGAAGCGAUUCCCAGUGGUGAGAAACAAAACAGAAUUAAGCGUGGAACAGCUUUUCAUGGUGAUAAAAAUAAUUCUAAGUCAGAGGAAUAUAAACAAUCUUCCAGCCCCCAAAGCAGGCUUCUAGAGUACCCAAGAGUUUGCAAUGAAAAGGGGGGUUUUGAAUCUAGCAAUUGUGAACAAGACUUAAACAAGUACUCACUUGCACCAUCCCAGACAGACCAGACUGAAAACAGACCAUAUGAGUGUCAUGACUGUGGAAAAUUGUUUGGCCAGAAAGCCACACUUAGAAUACACCAAAGACGGCAUACUGGAGAAAAACCGUAUAAGUGUGGUGAAUGUGGAAAGUCUUUUUGUCAAAGCUCCAACCUCAGUGAACACUGCAGAGUUCACAGUGGAGAACGACCGUAUGAGUGUGUGGAGUGUGGGAAAGCCUUCGGGUGCCAUUCGAGUCUUCUUCGGCACCAGAGAACACACACAGGAGAAUGGCCAUAUGAAUGUGGCGACUGCGGAAGAUUGUUUAGACAGAUCGUCAGCCUGGUUACACACCAGAGGACUCACACUUCAGAAAAGCCUUACGAAUGUGGACAGUGUAAAAAGUCCUUUAGUCACAAAGCCACUCUUACUGUCCAUCAAAGAGUUCACACUGGAGAAAAACCCUAUAGUUGUGAAGAAUGUGGGAAAUCAUUCAGCCAAAGUGCCAACCUUAUUAAACACUCCAAAAUUCACACUGGAGAAAAGCCUUAUGAGUGUGGAGAAUGUGGUCUAUGCUUUCGUCAAAGAGCCACCCUCAUGAAACACCAGAGAACCCACACUUCAGAAAGGCCUUAUGAAUGUAGAGAAUGUGGUAAGUUCUUUAAACAGUAUUUCUACCUCAUUGAACACCGUAGGAUUCACACCACAACAGAAUUUUAUGAGUGUGAACAGUGUGGGAAAUCUUAUACCCAAAAAGCUACUCUUGUAAGACACCAGAGAGUCCACACAGGAGAAAGUCCUUAUAAAUGUGAAGAAUGUGGGAAAGCCUUUGAAUACAAAUCCAGACUUGAUCGACAUGAAAGAACUCACACUGGCGAAAGGCCUUAUGAGUGUGCCAAAUGUGGAAAAUUCUUCAGGGAAAGCUACAAUCUUGCUGAACACCAGAAAAUUCAUACUAAAGCCAAGCCUUAUAAUUGUGAUCAGUGUGGGAAGUGUUUUAGCCGGAGAGCUGACUUGGUUAAACACCAGAGAGUGCAUACUGGUGAAAGGCCUUACACAUGUGGUGAAUGUGGGAAAACCUUCAGCCGAACUACCAACCUUGUUCAACACAGAAGAAUUCACACAGGGGAACGGCCAUAUGAGUGUGACCAGUGUGGGAAAUCUUUUAGCCAAGUAUCUACCCUCAUUCGGCAUCAGUUACUUCACACUGGAGAAAGACCCUAUAAAUGUAGCAAAUGAGGGAAAGCCUGAACAACCGUCUAGCAUCUUCUAACGCCAAAAAUGUUACAGAAUGGACAGAAAGUGUGGAAAGCCACAGAAAGGCAGAAAGUGUGAAAAACCCUUCAUCACUAGGUAGACCAUCACAACUCCUGGAAGCCUACCCUUGAAAACACCCUUAGACCUCCCAAGGAUAUUACAUUGUUGUUCACUGUAGCAGAGUAGAGAGCCUCACACACGUGUUCAGAGGGGUAAAGUACUAUAUGAGUUCUAGGCAUGUGUAAUUUGUAGUUUGUUCUAGAGCGACCCUACACAUUUUAGACAGUUGUCUCCAUUGCCAGAAUUAAAUAACCACCAUGAUGUCUCAUAGAAACUGUGUCUGCUCUUGCACUGGGUGCAUAUGUCUCCCCCACUUCCCUACUGAAACCCUCAACUGGCCUGUGCCUUGCCAAUGACUGUAAUCUCUUUUUCUCACUGAGUAUGUCUGGGUCUGUAUUUUGCCCUUAAGAACCUGGUAUGGGGUUAGCUGGAGGCUUCAGACAGGAAUAUCUUAAUUUUUUGUCUCACGUGAUUCUUGUUGCUGUUGACAGCUCCAAAUCACUAGCCAGUAACUUCCUGCCAUUUCAUGCAAUAAUAAAGGCCUUAUGUUUUUGUGUUU